UCGUAAAUUGAAUGAGUUAAAUAAAACAACAGCAAAACACUGACAGAAAAUUCCACGAAAAUUAGUCUUCAUAUUCAUAUCUCACCAGAAACUAAAAUCGAAUGGGUGGCGAUCAAUCGGCUUUCGAAAUUCCACUUUAUCCACAACCACACCCCAUUUGUGCCACCGAGGCCAGAUUCUGCUUACCGCACUAUGUUCAACUACGACUUCGCGAAAAAUUUUGGUCCGUAUCCGAAAGCGAUUACAAAAUAUGCGAUGCCAUGGAUAAGACAAAAAUCUACUUCCACUGUGACGGUUCACCAUACUCGUGGCGUGAGAAGAAAACGCUCUACGAUUAUACGGGCGCGGCUGUGUGCAACAUGAAAGAGAAAUUGUCGAGUUUUACAGACAUCUAUCGGGUAUAUGCUGAACAUAACAGCGAGCGACAAAUUUGUACAUUCAAAACGAAACUGAAUUUUCUCAAAAGUAAAGUGUCGACUAUGUUCCCGGACGUAAUGAAACCGGACCUGUAUCAUCAUUUGGUGCUGAAAGGGGAUUGGAGAACUAAGCGAUGUGUUAUCUUUUUGGGCGAGCCGAAACUAGGCGGCAUACCGAUUGCUCGUAUUUUUCGACCAUAUACGGGACGUACUGUUCUCUUACGUGUUGACGAUUACAUUUUGGAAGUUGCGGCUGGAGUGGAUAUUGCCAUUUGUGUAAUGAUGUGUAUAGCAUUAGACGAUCAUGAUCGAUAAUAUAACAGAUAUGAGUAUGUAGGAU